ACAGCUCCGCGGAGGACCCCCCGCUGCCCCUGACCUGACCCAGGGACCUGCGCGGAUCAGAGACCUGCUCGUGACCGGAACGCUUCGGUAGGAAGGCGACCGCGGCCAGGCCCCCCGCGGCAUGGGCAUUCACUGCGCCCUGGCUCUCCUCCUCCUCUUGGGCUGCCAGGGCGUCCCAUGGGCUGGAGCACACUCUCUUCAGUAUGUCCUCACCAUUCAGAAGUCUCUCUCUGGACAGUGGUCAUGUGAAAUUCAAGGCUGUCUGGACAAGAUGCUGUUUCUCAGCUACGGUAGUAGUGAUGACAGGUUCAGUCCUUUGAGUCAUCUGGGGAAGAGCAUAAGUGCCACAGAGACCUGGAAGAAACAGGUGGACACUUUGAAAGACACACAGAAUCUUUUCUAUCAGAAACUGCUUGACAUUCAGCAGAAGUAUGAUACAAUCCCAGAGCCCCUCACCCUGCAGAUCGCGUUGUUCUGUCAGCAGAAAGGCGAUGGACUUGCCCAUGAUUCCUGGUCCUUUGACUUCAACGGACAGAUGUUCCACUUUGUCCCAGACGACAGAAAGUGGACAGAGGAUCAUCCUGGAUCCAGCUGGAUGAAAGAGUGGAAAGAUGACCGUGAGAUGAAUGAGUUCUUAUACAAGACCUCACUAGGGGACUGUAAGAACUGGCUUCAAGAAUUCUUGGUGUACUCGGAAGAAACAUGGAAACCCACAGCCUCACUGGCCACUAGCCCAGACAUGUCCCAGCGGAAAGCCACAGCCAUCAAGCCCGAGGCCAGUGUUCUGUGGGCACUCCUCUUUUGCUUCCUGCUUCUGGUCAUGUAUGGGUAACAGGACUCCCAGGAAAGCCGCCCCAUCAUGGUUUCCUCUACACAUCUUGACCAAAGGAGUUCCAAACCACUGCAAGAUCCUGAAGGCAAUCAUGAUGACACCAUAAAUGUGACAUUUCAUGCUCC